UAAACCCUAAUUUAUUGUUUUCUGCACUCACCAUCCAUAGCCCCAACAUUAUCUUUAUAAAACCAACCCGAACUCCAAAUCAAUCCCACACUCUACUCACUACCCAAAACCCAAAACCCCACAAGAAUGGCCUCAUUCUCAAUUCCACCCUCCUCACUCAUUUUCCUCCUCUUCUCCACAUCUCAAUUUCCACUCCCCAGCACAAGUUACCCCUUAGACAACAUCUGCAAACAGACCAAAAACCCAGAUUUCUGCUCCGGUGUUCUGGGCCCUUAUUCCAGUGCAAGUCUCGAAGAACUCGCACGAAUAGUGAUUGACACAACACUUGCAAGUGCCACAAGAACAAGUUCCAGGAUUCAGUCCCUUUUACCCACAACCAGCGACCCCAAUCUAAGAGUAGUUUAUAGCCUCUGCUCCAAUUACUACAGUGCUGCAAUCAGUGCCCUCAAUGCAGCAAAGGAUAAGCUAAAAUCAGGAGACUAUGCCGAUCUUAAUUCUGCUGCCGCUACUGUUUCCAGGGAUGCUGCUUCAUGCCAGCAGACGUUUAGUCUCGCGCCAUCUCAGCCUGUUCCUAUUGCUACUGAUAAUAAUGAUCUCGAUCUUCUCAGUAACAUUUUCAUAGUCGUUUCCAGGAUUCUCUCGGGUUCUGCCUGAUACGUUCUAUCACAAAUUUUAUUUAUAUUCCAAUAAUAAUGAAUAAUUAUUUUUCAUAUGCAUAAUUUUUUGGAAAAAGAUAAAUUACUUUGGCACUCCUUAAGAUUAUAUUAAAUCAUACAAGUAUUU